UACUACACAAUUGGAGGUGUUCCCUCCGGGCGAUAGGUGGACUGUUCAGUAAAAUCUAAAAUAAAAGUUUGUACGCCUGCUUUAAGAAAGUUUGCAACCUAUCUGACUAAGUUCUCCUAGUUAGAUUAGCAAACAGUUUUUGUUCUCCUUUCGGCUUUCCUCAGGAAAGGCUACCCGUCCGGUGGUGCGAUUUUCGAGCAUACUCACGUCUGCCUGGAACAAAGAACAUCCCUUCCCCCUCUUCCCUGAAGUCUGGGGGAGUGUUAUACAGGGGUGAAGCCAGUUUGUAAGUCGAGUAAUUCGUAAGAAAGAAGCCAAUGACUGAGCAAAGCCAGAAUUCUACUCCAGGGGAAGAAGUGAAGUCUACAAGAUUUCUUAGUAAAAAAGACUCUAAAAACGUUUCAUUUCACUCAGAGCCAGAAAAUGCAGGAGUGGAAGAAAAACCGAAGAAAGCUGGGAAACCACUUAAUCAACAAUUACAGUCUCUGAAUCUGGAUGCAGAAAUAUUUGAAACCAAGAAGAGAAACUAUCUAACUAGAUCAAAGACUUAUGAUACAGUGUUUUCACCCAGUCCUUCAGAAUAUGAAACAAAACCUGAACGGAAAAAGUCCACCUCCAACCCUUCCAAGACAAAUGCAACCUACCACAAGCUCUUCAAACAUGUUGAAAAGGAUGAAAUUUUAAAACAAAGUUUUACAUGUGCUCUGCAAAAGGACAUAUUAUACCAAGGGAAACUCUUUGUGUCUGAAAACUGGAUUUGCUUUAAUUCCAAAGUGUUUGGGAGAGAUAUUAAGAUUGCAAUACCUGUCUUUUCCGUGACUCAAAUUAAGAAACAUAAAACUGCUUUGCUCGUACCAAAUGCUCUAUGUAUAUCAACAGAACUUGAGAAGUUUAUGUUUGUUUCAUUGCUCUCCAGGGAUGCAACCUAUAAGCUUCUAAAAUCUGUUUGCGUACAUCUGGAGGACAGAACUGAUGAUAUCAGUCCAAAUCCGUCCUCUCUCGAAAAUAGUUUCAGAGCUGAGCGUCCAACAUCUUUGCCUCUGGAUUUCAAUAUGGAAGAUUUGUCUGAUCUUGCGGUGUGUCGAAGACGAGAGUUGGAGCAAUCUAGUAGCUCUGGAUCCCAAACUCCAGAGUCUGAAAAUUCUCAAGAGUUUAGCACGGCCCAGGCAUUAUUGAAAAUUACAAAGAAUGAUGAUAUUCCAGUGCUUGCUGAUGUUCACGUAAAAGAAGUACUGGAGGUAAAAAGAAGAACCUGUCAUGACAAUGGACAUUCCUUGGUCUGGGGCUUAUUACACAGCGUGAAAUCUAAUGGUAUCCAAUAUCUUUCUGUGAAUACAUUACUGGUGCUCUAUCUGAUUAUAGUCAUUGUGCUAGUUCUAUCGUCCUUCUAUAUGGGCUUAAAAAUAAUUGCUUUGGAGCAGCGCCUAGCCUCUUUGGGAGCAUUGCCAGAAUACCAUAUGCAUCACAAGGACUCUUUUGCUCAUCGUGACAUGGGAUUACAGUUCCACGUGAAUACAGAUCUCAUCUACGAUGAAUUGUCAGAAAAUCUUGCAAAAUUGGAAAAGAUCCAGAAAAAUCUACAAAAGCUUCUAGAAGGAAAUGAAUGAGGCGCUCUACUUCGCGAUCGUCAGUAUGUUUUGUUCUCACCAAGGUCAUACAUCUCUGGAAUGUAAUGUGAACUCUGCAGGACAGGGUGCAGGAUUGUUUAAGUUUCAAUCGUGUGUUUCUCAGAAUUCUGCACAGUCUUAUUUCUAAGGAAAUAUGCAAAUAAUAAAGUAUCUGUGCAAUAAUGACCAAAAAUGCUUUAUCUAACAAUUUAAUAUUACACUUGUUUUUGGAAAAUGAGAUUUGUAGUGGUUAUAUAGAUGAAAUCAAUUUUUGAAAAGUGGUCUAAUCAUUUGAUUCUAAAGCACUCCAUAAUCUAAAAGCUAUUAGAAUAUUUUGUGUAAAACAUAUGUUGACCAUGUGUAUGAUCUCCUUGCCCAAUAGUCUGAUUAUUAUAAAAUAGUUACGCUGUCUGGAAUGUGGGGUUUUUAACUUUUUUUGGUAUCUUAGCACAGUCAUAGGCAAAAUCUGGCAAAGGUGAUCAAGCAACUUGCAGAUUUUCCUUCUAGGCAACAAAAUUAGGUAAACACAGUCCUCCCCAACAAAUUUUUAUCUUUGCACCAUGGCCAGAUAUUGCUUUACCCAAAAGCUAAAGAUGAAAGUUUGCCCCACUGGCCAACAAAGGGGCUGCAUUCAUGACUCUAGAAGGACUAUAUGCUCAUGUGAGUGAAUUUAUAACUGCUUUGUGAUCUGAUACAAUUUAUAUAAAAUGCAAUUGUAUUCUUUUAAACCAUUUCUAUGAAAUGAUUUCUCACUUGAAAUUCUGUAAAUAAAAUUCUCAUGCUAAAAGAAUUUGUACUAUUUCUAGAGGUAACUUGGCAAAAACUAUUUAAUGUGGUUCAUAUU